UGCAGGAGGAGGGGGAAAAGCUAUGCAAAUGAGCACCCCUUCCUUAUAUAGGGUCUUGUCCCAGGCCCCCCAGGGCCUUCGGUUGCUGAAGGGAAGAGCAGGAUGGAUCUGGUGCUGAGAAAAUGCUUUCUGUAUGUAUCUGUGAUGGGUGCUCUUCUGGCUCUGGGGGCCACAGAAGGGUCCAGAGACCAUGACUGGCUUGGUGUCUCGAGGCAGCUCAGAACGAACACCUGGAACAAGCAGCUGUAUCCCGAGUGGACAGAAGCCCAGGGGCCUGACUGCUGGAGAGGUGGCCAGGUGUCCCUGAAGGUCAGUAACGACGGGCCUACGCUGGUCGGAGCAAUGGCCUCCUUCUCUAUCGUCCUGAACUUCCCUGAAAGCCAAAAGGUGCUGCCAGAUGGGCAGGUCAUUUGGGCCAACAACACCGUCGUCAACGGAAGUCAGGUAUGGGGAGGACAGCCGGUGUACCCCCAGGAACCUGGUGGUACCUGCCUUUUCCCUGACGGGGGAGCCUGCCCAUCUGGCCCUUGGUCUCAGAGAAGACGCUUUGUUUAUGUCUGGAAGACUUGGGGCCAAUACUGGCAAGUUCUGGGCGGCCCAGCGUCGGGGCUAAGCAUUGGGACGGGCGCAGCACUGCUGGGCACACACACCAUGGAGGUGACCGUCUACCACCACCGGGGGCCGCAGAGCUACGUGCCUCUAGCGCACGCCCUCUCAGCCUUCACCAUCACUGACCAGGUGCCCUUCUCUGUGAGCGUAUCCCAGCUACGAGCCUUGAAUGGAGGGGCCAAGCACUUCCUGAGAAACCAGCCUCUGACCUUUGCCCUCCAGCUCCAUGAUCCAAGUGACUAUUUGGCUGGGGCUGACAUCUCCUAUACCUGGGACUUUGGAGACAGCACUGGAACCCUGAUCUCCCGGGCACUUAUAGUCACUCACACUUACCUGGAGCCUGGCCCCAUCACUGCCCAAGUGGUGCUGCAGGCUGCCAUUCCUCUCGCCUCCUGUGGUUCCUCUCCAGUCCCAGGCACCACAGAUGGUCGUGUGUCAACUGCAGAGGCCCCUGGCACCACAGCCGGGCAAGUGCCUACUGCAGAAGUUGUAGGUACUACAACUGCAGAACCCUCUGGAACCACAGCUUCACAGGUACCAGCCACAGAGGUCACAGGCACUACCUUUGUUCAGGUGCCAACUACAGAGGGCAUAGGUACUACACCUGAGCAGAUGCCAACCUCAGAGGUCAUAGGUACCACACUUGCAGAGAUGCCAACUGCAGAGCCCACAGGUACAACAGCUGCAGUACCAACGGCAGAGCCCCCUGGAACCACAGUUGCACAGAUAACAACUACAGAGUUGGUGGAGACCACAGCUGGUGAGAUACCCACCCCUGAAACGGAGGGCCCAGACGUCAGCCCACUCAUGCCUAUAGAAGGUACUACAGGCUCCCAGAGCCCCCUGCUGGAUGACACUGUAAUUCUGGUGAAGCGACAAGCCCCCCUGGACUGUGUCCUGUACCGAUAUGGCUCCUUUUCCCUCACCCUGGACAUUGUCCAGGGUAUCGAGAAUGCUGAGAUUCUGCAGGCUGUGCCUUCCAGUGAAGGGGAUGCAUUUGAGCUGACCGUAUCCUGCCAAGGCGGGUUGCCCAAGGAAGCCUGUAUGGAUAUUUCAUCUCCAGGAUGCCAGCCCCCUGCUCAGCGGCUGUGUCAGUCUGUGCCACCCAAUCCAGCCUGCCAGCUGGUUUUGCACCAGGUACUGAAGGGCGGCUCAGGGAUCUACUGCCUCAACGUGUCUUUGGCUGAUGCCAACAGUCUGGCAAUGGUCAGCACCCAGCUUGUCAUGCCUGGUCAAGAAGCAGGCAUUGCACAGGGUCCCCUGUUCAUGGGCAUCUUGCUGGUGUUGGUGGCUAUGGUGCUUGCAUCACUGAUAUAUAGGCGCAGACUCACGAAGCAGCGCUCAGCUGGUCCCUGUCCCCAGCUGCCCCACAGCAGCACCCACUGGCUGCGUCUGCCCCAGAUCUUCCAUUCCCGCCCCCCUGGUGAGAGCAGCCCCCUCCUCAGUGGGCAGCAGGUCUGAGAACUCUCAGGGGAUGCCAUUAACUUAGCUGGGGUUCCCCACCAUGCCUGUCCAUCCUCAGUCUUCCCUUGGAAGCUACCAUUACCUGAAAUAAAUACUCGAAAC